AUGGCUUAUGAACUCAGAAAUGACACAGCAGACAUGCAUCAGCUGCUUUGGAACAACUGGACUGUGUUAAAAGAAGAGGAAAAUGUCUCCUUACUGAACACAACAAAUACUAUGGAUCGCUUCUUUUUAUUUAACACUUUGGGCUAUUGGGUGAUCAUGGCUGUCCUUAUCCUCAUUGACCUCUGUGGCCUGGUGGGAAAUGGGAUUGUCAUCUGGCUGCUAGGUUUUCGAAUGAAGAGGAACCACUUCUCUGUCUAUAUCCUCAACUUGGCCAUUGCAGACUUCACCUACCUCUCAUUUGUUGGUCUGCAUAUGUUAAGUUUCUAUAUAUUUAUCCAUCCUCUUAUGAAUAUUGUAGAAACAUUCACAUUCUGUUCUUACAUUGUGAGUCUGAGCCUGCUCAUGACCAUCAGCAUUGACCGCUGUGUCUCUGUACUCUGGCCCAUCUGGUACAAAUGCCGCCGCCCAGCACAUCUCUCCACCAUUGUAUGUGCUGUCGUUUGGGUCCUGUUCUUCAUUUCUGUGUUAAUUCUGUGUUCUUACUUGAAUGGGUUAACUAUAUGGUUCAUAUAUGAUUUUAUAUCCCUUCCAACUUUCCUGGUGCUCUUUGUGUCCAGCCUGACUUUGUUCAUCCGGGUCCAAUGUUACUGCCAGCAGAGAAAGCCUAGCAGGCUCUACUGGACCAUCCUGCUCAAUGUCUUGGCCUUCUUGCUCCUCAGUGUGCCUAGAGGAGUCUAUUUGGUCUGCAUAAUAUUCAUAGGGUUACCGUUCCAAUCUUCUGAGAUAUCAAUCUUCACGAUCCUUCUCUGUGUUAUGAACAGUGCAGUUAAUCCCAUCAUCUACUUCUUUAUUGGAAGACACAGACAGUGGGAGGGCAAGACACCUCUUGGAGAAGUGCUCCAGAGGGCUCUGACAGAUGAGAAUGAGGAAGUUGAGCAGAGAAGAGGAAGAACAUCACCUCCAGACAGAGCAUGA